CCAGCAUUUAGUGCCAGUAAAAGCGAUCAAAAAGAUCAGGAUGGCGAUGUUGAUAUGUUUAUUAAAACGCAAAGAGAUAGCUUUGAAUCAAAAGUAGUAACACCUGGACAAGUAAUCACAGCAGAUACACAAGGUCAUGGCACGUAUCUUAAUGAAGAAGAAUCCCAUAUAUCGUCAGUAGCAGGUGUGGUGGAACGUGUUAACAAAUUGAUUACAGUUAGGCCUUUGCACGCGAGGUAUACUGGAAAUAUUGGGGAUCUAGUAAUUGGACGCAUUACAGAAGUUACUAAUAAACGAUGGAAAGUUGACAUAAAUUCACGACAAGAUGCAGUGCUAUUAUUAUCUGCGAUUAAUCUUCCUGGAGGCGUUCAGAGACGUAAAACUGAAGCCGAUGAACUUCAAAUGAGAAAAUUUUUUGCUGAAGGUGAUCUACUAGCGGCGGAGUUUCAGGGUUCUUUCCAUGACGGCUCGACGUCUUUACACACAAGAAACUUAAAAUAUGGAAAGUUACGUAAUGGAUCACUCAUAGUUGUUCCACCCGCGUUAGUUCAAAGGUGUAAAACACACUUCCAUACAUUAUCAUGUGGUGUUGAUGUGACCUUAGGACUAAAUGGAUAUAUAUGGAUUAGUAAACAUUCAUCAAAGAAUUUGGAUGAAUUGGAUCCUGAAGCCAUUUAUUCAAACGAUAAUGAGCCGGUUGACAAAUCAACUAGAGAAACAAUUGCACGUGUUUGUAAUUGUAUUAAUGCUUUGAGCAGGCAUUUCAUGUGCAUCACUGAUACUAUAAUCACAUAUGCAUAUGAGGCUUCUUUAAAAUAUGCAGUUAAGGAUCUUUUAAAAUUAGAAGCUAUGGAAUUCGUAACGACAGAAGUUAGACACAAGCUUUCUGUUGUUAGAUCCAUUUAUUAA